ACACGCUCCUGCUGUCAUGAGUUCACUAAUGUCGGCGGGACCGGAACCGGACUUCUCCACCUGUAAUGAUGAGGUGUUUGGGAACAGGUUUCCCGUCCACCGAGCCUGCCGGGAUGGAGAUGUUGGAGUUCUGGUGUCACUCUCGCAGCAGCUCUCGAACCAGGUUCAUCUGACUGCUGAGGACUCCAGCUACGGAUGGACCCCUUUGCACUGGGCUGCACACUAUGGACAGUUGGAGUGUGUGGUGCGCCUGGUGCAGAUGGGCUGUGAGGUGAACACGGUGACCAGCCGCUUCAACCAGACUCCGACACACACGGCGGCGUUUGGAGGACACCCUCAGUGCGUCGUGUGGCUCACUCAGGCUGGAGCUGACGUCAACAGGCAGGAUUUUGUCGGUGAGGCUCCAGUGCACAAGGCGGCUCGUUCCGGCAGCUUGGAGUGUAUCCAGGUCCUGUUGAUAGCAGGUGCUAAACCACAUUUAAAGAACGCCAGCGGUCAGACGGCGGCAGACCUCGCUCUCGCUCAAGGCUUCCAGGAAGGCUUCCUCCUCCUUUCCAAAACCCAGAAGCACCUGCAGCAGCUCGGCGGAGUCCACUUGAACGGCGAGCAGAACGGAAACGGCGCCCACUUUGGUCAGGAGCUGCUGAGCAGGAAGAGACUUUUGAAUGCUGCAGAGAGUGGACACAUGAAGAGAGCGAGGAGAGCUGACAACAUGUUGCUGCAGAACGGAGGAGGAGACGAGCUGGAGAGCAUGAACACGGAGUCUGCAGAGGAGAUGAACUCAGAAGAAGAAGAAGAGGAGGACACCAAAGCCUUCACAAACGGCCAUCACCACACGCUGCCUUAUGACCAGGACACCUCCAAUCCAGCAGUAACUCCCUCCCACGCAACCCCUCCACCAGCCAAUCAGCACGCAGCACCGCCGUCUCAGCGCUCUUUUUCAGACAUGUGUGGCUCCCUCCAUCUCACCGGCAGCCCGAGCAGCUGUGUGUCCCACCGCCAGGCGUGGUGGGGGCCCCUGGGGGGAUCGGAGGACCUGCAUUACGGACACUACCACGGCUUCGGGGACACGGCGGAGGAGCUAAACAGCAGCCGACUCGACCACAACAGCAGCCUGCAGGCGGAGCAGAGGUACAAGCAGGCGGUGACCAGCAGCAUCCAGCUCUACCACGGGUCGUAAACACAGAGUCAGGGAUUUAUCUCUGAUGUGGUUAACGUGCUGCCAAGCCCAGAGUCACUACCGCAUCCAUCCAGAAAUCAUCCAUACGCCUGAUCAGGGUCGUCACCAUUCCAGAUUUUUAAACUUUAAUACGGUUAUCGUAAAAAUCAAACAAUAUUUAAAACCUGUUUUGAUACUUUGACAACAACAAACGUCCAAGACACCCAAUAAUGUAUAUU